GAUAGUGUCGUUGGCACCAAGAAAGAAAAUGCUUUACGAGAACUAGUUCAACGCACUGCUUUUCCACUCAGCCAAUCCAAUGGCCAACGUCGAUUUGGUCCACCACCCGAUUGGAACGAGUUGCCACCACCUCGUGGCUGUGAAGUAUUUAUUGGCAAAAUCCCUCGUGAUUUAUUCGAAGAUGAAUUAGUGCCAGUCUUUGAAAAAAUCGGCCCAAUCUAUGAAGUUCGCCUCAUGAUGGAUUUCUCCGGCAAUAAUCGUGGCUAUGCUUUUGUCGUCUACCAAAGUAAAAGUGCAGCUCGCCAGUGUAUCAAGCAAUUGAAUAAUUAUGAAAUACGCCAAGGUAGAAUGAUUGGUGUCUGCUCGUCGGUGGAUAAUUGUCGUUUAUUUAUUGGUGGUAUACCCAAGACGAUUAAGCGAGAAGAAAUUCGCAGUGAAAUGGCCAAAAUUACCGAACAUGUCGUCGAUGUCAUUGUUUACCCAUCGGCUAGUGACAAGACCAAAAAUCGCGGCUUUGCUUUUGUAGAGUAUACUAAUCAUCGAGCGGCUGCAAUGGCUAGAAGGAAAUUGAUGAAUAACAACAACGUGGAAUUAUGGGGGCAUAAAAUUGCUGUCGAUUGGGCAGAGCCAGAAAUUGAAGUAGAUGAAGAAAUUAUGGAUCAGGUUAAAAUCGUAUACGUUCGAAAUUUAUUGUUAAGUACGACUGAAGAAUCGUUAAGAGAAAUCUUUCAAAGCAUUGCCCGUGUUGAAAGAGUCAAAAAAAUUCGAGACUAUGCCUUCAUCCAUUUUACAAGUAAAGAAGAUGCUCACAUGGCUAUCACCCUAAAAAACGGCCAAAUCAUUGACGGUAGUACUGUCGAAGUGACAUUAGCCAAGCCGGUCGAUCGUGAACAUCAU